AUGUUUUCUAAUAUUCUCCGCCGCCUCCAGGGCGGAAACCUGGAAGUUUUCAAGUUUGGCACAUACGUCCUCUUCCCCAUCGGCUGGAUGUACUACUUCGGUACAAACCUCGACGACCGGUUCCACGUGAAGAACUUCUGGCCCACCGCCGAACAAUCACACAAAAUUCCACUGGACAAGGAGGAAAUCGACAAGGAGCUCGCUCGUAUGCGAGCAUUGGACGCGGUUCGGCGAGAGCGACGGGAGAGGGAACAGGCUGCGUUGGCCGCCCAGGCGCAGGCCGCUCAGGCGGAAGCAGAGACACAGCAAUCUCAACCUGCUCAAUGA